AUGGCUUGGAAUCACAAUAUUCUUCUCUUGUUUCUUUUGCUUCUCCUCUUUCCUUCAAGCAAUGGAGCAAUAUAUCGAGUCCAUAACUUUAGGCUUCAAAAGGUAAGCAUCUAUGCACCUAUGACGUUUGGUUUCCUCCCGAAGGACUUGCCUAUUCCACCUUCAGCUCCAUCAAAGAGACACAAUGAUCAUCAGGAGGGUGAAGGUCCAGUCAGUUCAGCAAGAGAUGGUGGUGAUCAUGAACCUUAUCUAUCAUUUAGUAGGGCAUUGGAGUUAGCACUGUUAGCGUUUUCAAUUUCUUUUAGGAUGAUGAUGUUCUUUAGAAAUGCAUGGCAACUCCAACGGCAGUUCUACAAGGAUAAAAGAAAUGGAAAACUAUAA